AUGGCAACAGGGGAUCUAAGAAAUAACUUGCUCAAGUUCCAGUCAGAACUCAAGCUGCUUAAAUAUAGUACAAGUGUCGACCUUUUUGGUGCAAGUAGAGGAGAUCCAGCAGUGUUUCUACCAAUUAUCCAUCACAUACUUUUGAAUUACUCGGGGAUUUUGGCAAGAUACUUUGCAGAGCAGUCGUUUGACCUAUAUGGCAAGAAGGAUGCCAGAUUCAUGGAGUCGGUGUAUUCGUUGCUCCGUGACGAAUUCAAUUACAAACCAUCAAUAUCUCGGGACCAGUUUUUUGCCAUGGGCUUUGCUGAACGAAAGCUCAUCUUUAUAUGUGACAUGGGUCGGAUGUGUCGAGAGCUGGUGGUUUCUUUGAAAAGAACCUCUCGUUCAAAUGGACAAUCUAAAGCAUCCUCAGUUCAUGGCGGUAGUCUUUUUACAAAUGGCCAGAGCACUCAUAGUUUGGCCGUGCCUGAACCGAUAGUGCACUCACACUGCCAUGCAUCUCGACCAUUCUCAUCUCACCAUGCUUCAAGCUCAUUAGGAUCUGCUCAUUCUGGACUAAAAGAGUCUCCGUCUGUUUGGACUGCCGACACUCUGCAUUUUUCAACAAAUGGAUCGAUGGGUUCUCUGAAUAAGAAACCCACACCAACUCAAACACAUCCUAAUUAUGUAUACGUUCAACAACAUCAGGCUGUAAAUACGCAAGUACCACAAUCCAACAUAUCACAAACCGUUGAUAACCAUUCGAUCUCACUAAACCAAUAUAGAGUGUUUGAACAUGGACACGAUACCGAGUUGGAAGCCAUUUACGAUGAAAGUAUUGUUCACGAGCCACAAAUACCUCCUGCUCCCGCUCCAGCUCCAAAUCCAGAUCUUAUUCCAAUUUUACUGGAGCAACCUCCGACUCAAAAUACAGCUACUGCUUCUACUGGUAUGCCACCACAGCAGCUAUUAAACAGUUUUAUAAUUGGUCAAUCACAGCAUACUCCUACCAAAAACAACCAUGGCAAUCACUCGGCUGCUCCUCGAUCCAUUUUAAAAACAUCUCCGCAGAAAUCUCCCAUCAGAUCAGAUACUAAUCAUUCCAAUUUUACAAGCUCCAGUCAAGUGGAUAUCCAGACUCGGUCUAUGCGCCUUUCACCAAAGAAAUUCCGAAUUGUCGAAUCCAUAUCACAGGAUGAACAUUUGGCUUCGUAUCGGUACUACCCACUUGAAUGGGGUCAGCGUGAUGACUACCCAAGCACAUUUAUUGGUGAAAGAUUGGUUGAUACACCUAAAGCAAAUAUAAAUAGUUGUAGGAUUGACGGAGAUGCAGGUGCUCGUGAUAUUUUGUUUCCUGACAGUCCUAGUGAGAAAGAGCCAGGCUCACCAACAAAGCCAUCGGAUGCGGGCCAUCUAGAAAACCCUGCCAUUUUUGAUCACUCCACAGUAGGCGAAACACCAAUUUCCAGAAAAGAGUUUGAGGAUAUGACUGCAAGUCUGAAAACCAUGACGAGCAAGAAUACCGAGUUGGAAAAAAUUACUCAAACACUUGUUCAACGCAUUGAAGCAAUGCAACACCAGAUUAAUUCGUUGCUAGAUAGCCGUACUAAGCAUCAAGAAACCUUGGAUGUUAUUCCAUCAAAUGUGCUUGCUUCUGAUCUAAAUGUACAACCAGCUGUGCCAAAUCAACGCAAACUUGAACAUCACAAGCCUCUAUUUGUAGAACCUAUAAACACAGAUGCAGCACCUAUAUCCUCUGCACGAUUGGAUAUUUCUCAGCGCAUACUGAAUAUCCAGCAACGAAUCUCUGAUACGUCUAGGUUAUUGAAUCAACCUGCGGCCUCUGUAUUGCAUUAG